AGCCGGCGGCUGUCACAGAGUCGGCGUGCUGUUGUUUGUGGGACCAGCUGCAGGUAGUAGUUAGGGUAUCAGGAUGGCAGGAAGCCCGGGGCUGGCGGCAUUCUGUCUGAAAGUAUGGGAGCCCGUGGUAGCCAAGUCCCGGCGUGCUGUGGUGUUCAUGGACACCCCGUGUGCCGAGAUCCUGCACUGGUGCGGCGGGGUCGAGCUGUUUCUUUCUGCGGGAGCUUUGAACGUGAAGGAGUUUUCCAGCUUCGAGUCUGGAGCCAAAAACCAGCCGAAAGCGCUAUUCGUGGUGAGCUCAGCUCCGCGGGGGCGGGCCGCGGACGUCAUCCGUGACGUAGUGAGCCAGAGCUCCUUCCAGUACUGCAUUGUGGUGACCGCUGUUUGCCCUGGGGAGCCUGAGGACAGGGCUAACUAUGAGCAGCUGGAGGACAGGCUGUGUGAGUGGAUGGGAAACAUGAAUUUUACAGCUGAGGUGAUGUGGGCCCCUCUACUACUGGCCCCUGUGGCUCCUCACCUCCUGGUCACUCCAGCUUUUUCCUUCCUCUUCCCCCUUCUGCCAUCUCAGGACUUGCAGGCCAUGAACAGAAGCAGACCUGAUAAAAAGAGGUUCCCAGGGCUGGGGGAUGUAGAUCUGGCAUCCAUGCCCCAAGAACUCCAACAUCACAUAAGGAAACUGGUUUCUGGACUCAACUUUUUCUUGGAAGGCAUUGGGGUGCGGGAGGAAUGCUAUGCAGUGGGCCAUCUGAGCAGGAUUAUUGCAGGGGAGCUAGCUAAUUACCCCCAGGCCAAGAACCGCAGGAAGACCUCCCAGAGCAAAGCUUCACUAGUCUUCAUAGACAGGACACUGGAUUUGACUGGAGCUGUUGGCCAUCAUGGAGAUAACUUGGUGGAGAAGAUAUUGUCUGUGCUCCCUUGUCUUCCUGGACAUUCCAAUGAUGUGAUGGUUAACAUGGAGGCACUCACAGCUCUGCAAUGCGAAGGCAGAAAUGAAGAUAUUAUAGCUCCUGGGUGUUUGGCUCAGCCAAACAAGCCCACUGGCAAAGCACUCUGGGAGUCCAUGCUUAGCAUGAAGCAGAAAGAAGCAGUGAUGGAAGUCAGGAGACAGCUUGUGGAAGCUGCAAGCAGAGAAAAAUUGCCCAUAAAGAUGAGUAUGGGUAGGGUCACACCUGAGCAGCUCCGAUUUCUCAUCCAGCUCUUCAAGGACAAUGGACAAGCCAUUCAGAAUCACUGUGGGGUGUUGCAGCUGGCUUCCUCUACAGCUCAGGUCCUGAAGCAUCCCCAGUAUAGUAAGUGGGAUACCUUCCUGGCAUUUGAACGACUUGUCUUACAGACUACUGGGAAGACAGAGCUGCCAACAGUCCUAAACCAGUUAUACCCUAUGAUUAAAUCUCACAAUGAAAGGAGCAACGAUGACUAUAACAUUGAUGACAUUAUCAUCAUAUUGGUUUACAUAUAUUCUGUGACUGGUGAUGUCCAGGUGAACAGUGAACUUGAUGCUGUUGAGAGUCAUGUGAAAAAGGCCCUUAUCCAGGCUUUCUGUGAUGAACCUGAGCCGAGUCCUUUGUUACAGGCAAUAACAGGAUGUGAGUCCUCUCCUGAACUGACCUUAGAGAAGGCUGCAGCUGCGGUGGAUAAAAUCUUUACAACUUUACGUGAUGUCAGCAAGACUCGAACACAUCUGAAAUUCUUUCAUUCUGUCCAUGUGCCUGGAAGCAAUGUUCAACAGGCCUCGUAUAAGCCUUUGCUGAAGCAGAUUGUUGAGGAGAUACUUCAUCCCAGUCAUGCAGAGCCUGUUGAUAUCGAGCACAUGUCAUCUGGUCUCACAGAUCUUCUAAAGACAGGAAUCAGUAUGUUCAUGAAGGUCAGCCGUCCACAUCCAGGUGAUGCUUCGCUAUUGAUCCUGUUUGUGAUUGGUGGAGUCACGGUAUCCGAAGUGCGAAUGGUAAAAGAUCUUGUGUCAUCACUCAAGCCCGGUGUUCAGGUGGUUGUUCUGUCCACAAAACUAUUGAGGCCUCUUGACAUUCCUGAAUUGCUGCUUGCAACAGACCGUCUGCAUCCAGACACUGUCAUUUGAUUGUUUAUCUUCCAGCAUAUGAGUGAUGUCCCCGAGCUUAAAAAAAUAACAUCACUUAAAAUUAGGCUUCUUAUUGUCUAUUGGCCAAAUCAUAGUUCCACGACCUUAACAAUUUAAACUGAAGUUUAUUUUUUAAUGUGUUCUCCGAAUUACCAAGAGAAGCAGUGGUUAUGAAGAAGUGCUUUUUUUGGAUUCCUGCUCUGACAUAGCCCAUCAUUCAUGUGCUCGGUCUAAUGAUAGUUAUUCUUCAACAGUGAAGUGGGUUCGAUCGUCCAAAAUGCUUUAACAUGUUACUCAUUACCUGCUCUGCACUGAUGUCAGAAGUUCUAAUCAUUAAAAAGAAAAUCUUGUGUAA